UUUGUCUUAUUGGUUUAAAAUCUAGACCGGAAGUUGCUGCUUGGUGGUCUCCCGCACUCGCUGUGUUUACACAGCUGAUGGCACCGACAAGGAUGAACUUGUGUGUUUUGUGUUAAGUGAGCAGUUUUGACAGCAUGACAAUAGAAUUACGAAGCUUGGAGCUGCACUAUAGACUGAGACAUGGAUCCCACACUGGACGGGGGGCUUUCGCAGCUGGUGGCCCGGGAAAGGAGCGGACACUCGGCCGUGGUGGUGAAUAACCUGCUGCAUGUGUGGGGAGGCUACAUGUCAGUUAGCGAUGAGGAAAUUUUUCUUCCGGGUGGUGAGAUCUGGGUGUAUGAUCUAGAAGGAGGCACAUGGCAGGUGUUUCACAUGACAGGUGAAGUCCCUCCUUCCAUGUCUGGGUCAUGCAGCUGCUUCCUCAAUGAUCACCUGUACAUAUUUGGAGGUUGUGAUGACAACGGACAGACAAAUCAGAUGUACUGUGUCGACCUGACAGACGGUAAAUAUGAGUGGAGAAAAAUGGCACCGAAGUCCGGUUCAGCCCCAUCACCACGAGACAAACUAUCCUGCUGGCUUUACAAUGACAGGCUCAUUUAUUUUGGAGGAUAUGGGCGCAAACUUCUCACUGAUAUUAACAGCAGAAGCAGAAACUUUAUUGCGGAUGAAGCAUCGUGGGUGUCAGAUGCCUUCUGGGGAUGGAACAAUGAAGUUCAUGUGUUUGAUCCCUCAGAAGUCAGUUGGAAUGACCCACAAACCCACGGCCGUGCUCCUGCUCCCAGGGCAGCGCACGCUGGUGCCACACUUGGAUGUAAAGGAUACAUAUGUGGGGGCAGAGUCAGGGAAACCAGGACUAGUGAUAUUCAUUGUUUGGAUCUUGAAUCAUGGACAUGGUCGGAAAUAGCCCCCCUGUCCACUUCUCCGGUUGGCAGAUCCUGGCAUACGCUCACAGCCGUGUCGGACACCACCAUGUUCUUGUUUGGAGGUCUUAGUGUAGACUGCAAACCAAUGAGUGAUGGCUGGUUGUUUGACGUUGAAACAAAACAAUGGACAGAGUUUGAGCAUCCAUUCCAAAAUAAGCCAAGGCUGUGGCACUCAGCGUCUGUGGCCAAAGACGCAGAUGUGGUUGUGUUUGGAGGAAGUUGUGACUACAUCCUCCUGGUGGACUCUGGACACUGCAACGACGCCAUCGUGUUCCAGACACAGCCCUAUCCUCUAUUCAGGAUUUGUCAAGAUUACAUCGCAAAACAUGUGAGCCACUCGGAGAACCUGAGGCGUCAGCUGCCUCUUCUACCUCACAAGCUGCUGAAGUCGCUGCAGAAGAGGAUUUCUUUCUACAGGUCUUUGAAGAAGCAGCAUCUCAGUUAAACACAGAAGUUAUUGUUAAAGAGCUUUUAAGUUACUCUUUUAUGCCAAGGUUACAGUUUUAAUUUGUAAAAAAAAAAAAGAUUUAUGUUAUUUUACAGUUUUAAAAGAUACUGCAUUUUAUUUUGUAUAUUCUAAAACACUUAUGUCACUGGAACGGCUGUGACCAUUAAAACAAGUUUUUUGUGAUUGGUGUGAUUGUGAUAAACUGACUAUCUGAUGGACAAGUCAACACAAACAAUUUUAUUUUAAAGUACGCUUUUAAUUUACAUAAUGAAAAAUUAGUUUUUUUUCCACAAGUGCUUUUUUUUGGGGGGGGCCUUUAAGUGGCUCCAGACUUUUUCUCUCCUUAAUGUGGGGAGUCGUGUCAGCAGAAAUGGUCUUAAAAUCACCGGACAUCUUUCUGGUGCCACAUUUCCCUGUGGCUGGACCGGCAAAAGAGCCGGAACUGGGAGGAAACCUUAAAUAAACAUUUACUUCUU